UUUAAGUGGGUGUUUAAAUUGAGCCCGGAUACAUGUCGGAACUUUUGUCCCUGACCAGGAUAUGUGAACUGAACUUUUGUUUAAAUAAAUGAAUCUUAAAACCUCCUAUGAACUUUAGUACCUUGUCAAGGAAAAUGUAUAACUUCUUUUUAUUAUUUGUGUGAACUGAACUUCAAAAAUUGCAGGCCUAGUGAACUGGACUUCACUUUAAACCCUACCAUUACCAAGAUUAGAACUAGAUUUAAUGUGUAUCUAACUCUAGCUGUGGCUAAAUACUUCAGAAGACCUCCCAGAUGUAGCAAGGGCCUUAUGUGGGUUGUGGCUUGUCUCAAUGGGACUGAUAUCCACAGUGCACAGUAUCAAUUGGAUCUUGUCAGAAUGAUGGAGAAUGUGAAGCUUUAGAUGACACUGAUGAUGAAAACAAGGAGGACUUUGCGGAACAUUCCCAGAUGACUUCGGCCAACAAUAAAAAAAACUAUCAGAGUAUUCAUCAGAAACUGUUCAAGCUGGUAUGGAAAGAUCUGGCUGUAUGAGGUAGUAGAGGCGGCCAUUUCUAAUCCUGAACUCAUUUAUGCAUGACGGUUAGCUUAUUCGAUUUGAGUCGGGUAGCGUGGCUGGUUGCAGGUGUCAUGGGGACGCAUCAUAAACAUUGAGUGCAUUGCAUCCACCAGGACCCUAGAGACAACCAUUCGACCCAUGGCAGCUCUCGAGAGAAGACAAGAAAUGUAUGAAGAAGGGGACAGCGUAAUGGCACUGUGGCCACCAGACUCGUCAUGGUAUCCAGCUGUAAUCACCUCCAUAACCAAAAGGAAGUCACUAAUGAAGUACUCUGUGCGUUACAAUGAGGAUGGCAUCACACGCUCCUUAUUUGAGCACCAGCUGGCCCAUCAAACAUCAGAUUUUCAGUGUGAUACUUCAAGGUCUGGUUGUCAAGAAUGAUUCUUUGAUUCUGGAAGUUGCCAAACGUGAAUACCUCAGACUUGGCCACGAUGUUACACAACAUGGCUACAUUCGGAACAAACUACGAGAACUUGGUCGUCUUGUUAUACAACUGAGAAAAAACACCCACCAACCAAAUGCAUCACUGGAAGUAUUCGUGCAUCCCCGCCAUCUGAAUGAUAUCGUCAAGGCUGUUUAUGAUGUCGCCGGCUUCAGUGAAGGAAAACAGAUGUAUCACGUUCCAUCUCUAGCACUCAAGAUUGGACACUCCAUCAAGAGAUGUGCACUCAUACUGCAAGCAAGUGCUUUAGAGUUUAAUCUUAGGCAAAAAGCGGAACAGACCGAACAGUUUAGGCAGUUAUGUGAAAUUAAGUGGCCAGAACUUGUGUCAACCCAUGCCCACAGAACACUGUACCAAGGAAAGCGCAACAAACGUGCUGAUCUCCCCACAAAUACAGAUGUGGUGAAAAUCUCAUCGUUCCUUCAUGAAACUGGCAACAGGGAAGUGCAGCUCCUACACUCUGCUAAGGGCCAUGAAAUUACACCAGCUUGGAAGAAAUUGAAUGAAGUCACACUGUGCCAUCUCAUUAUCUUCAACCGCAGACGACAGGGGGAAGUAUCCAAAAUGAAACUGGAAGAUUUUCACAAGCGCAGUAGUGCAGCCAUUGUGAAAGGUGAUUGCGUGAUGACUGAUCUUGAACGGCACCUCUGUAAAAUGUUCCAAGUCAUUGAAAUAGUUGGUAAGAGGGGCAGAACUGUUCCUGUGCUUCUUGGUACUGAUGUGAUGGCGUGGUUGAAGGCUCUGGUCGCAAAUAGAAAUGCAGCUGGAGCGGCACAAGACAAUAUAUUCUUAUUCGCACGAAGUUGUUACGGAGGCUCAGGUCAUAUACGAGGAAGCGACUGUCUACGAGCAUAUGCAAAUGAGGCGGGCCUUGAGAAUGCUGGUAGCAUGCGGUCUACAAAGCUUCGUAAACAUGUAGCGACUGUUUCACAAAUUCUGGCCUUGAAUGAACAUCAGCUUGAAACACUUGCAGACUUCAUGGGUCAUGAUUUGCGGGUCCAUCGCGAGUACUACCAGUUGCCAGACACUGUCCAGAGGGUUACCAAACUGUCUAGACUUUUCCUCAGCUUGGAGAGAGGCAACUUGGUUUCGCAACAUGGCAAAUCUUUGGAGGAGUUGCAUGUUACUGGAGAAGGCUUCACCAGCGAUGAGGACAGCAGUGAUUCAGGUGACUCGUGUGACCCAGCUUUGGAGGACAGUGUUGAUGCCAGAAGGCCACCAACCCCAGCUCGACAAGUCAAGCGUCGACAAUUCAAGCGACGCCCCUGGACUGCCCAGGAAAAGAAAGACGUAACUGAGGGCUUGCAGAGAUUCAUGUUGCUGAAGAAGAUUCCAGGAAAACGUGACAUUGAAUCGUCCUGUCCUGUGGCAUUGCAGACCAGAACUUGGAAAAACAUUAAGGACUUUUGUAGAAACACGAUGACACUUAAACAAAUUUAAGGUCUCCUGCACCACCAAAGUACAGUCAUAACCUAGAGUGACUCUGUAGGCACAGCCAAAUGAUUAGUCUAGAC